GAGGAAAUGCAUAUUUUCGUCGAAACUUUGAAUGGAACAACUUCUUUCUCUCUGGAGCCUUCUUGCUCUGUUGAAGACCUGAAGGAAAUGAUUGAAACUGAGGAGAGUGUUUCUGUGGAUGCUCAGCGUCUCAUCUUUGCUGGAAAGCAACUGGAGAAUGAUCACACCCUGGCUGAGUACAACAUUCAGGAGGAGUCUGUCCUCUCUAUGACUCUGCGUCUGAUUGGUGGAGGUAAGGUGCACGGUUCUCUGACCCGUGCCGGAAAGGUGAAGAACCAGACUCCCAAGGUGGACAAGCAGGAGAAGGCCAAGUCCCAUGUGGGUCGUGCCAAGAAGCGAGAGCAGUACAACCGCAGAUACGUCAAUGUUGUGCUCGCUCCUGGUGCUAAGAGAGUGGGUCCCAACAACUUCGCCGCUCGCCAGGCUCGUGCCGAGGCUGCUGCCAAGAAAGAAUAGACGGGGUAUACAGGGCUUAUACUGU